AUGGCAACUUUUUUUGGUCAAGUCGCCAGGGUCGUUGGAAUAAUCCUUGUUACCUUGCAAUUAGUAGUGAUAGUUUACUUGGCUAUCACUAUAAAUAAAUCUCCACUUCCGGAGCGCGAACAAGAAAAGUCAAAUUUUACCGGCUUACCAGUAUGGCGUAUUGCCCCCUGUCCUCACGCGUUAUCUGCAAGCAAAGAGACUGUUUCGAAAUAUGUUUCAGCUUUUGUCACUGGUAUAACAAGUUUAUAUUGUAUCUAUAUUAAAACGAAAGGUAAUUUUAAACGACAACGAUCCGCCAUUCCCAACGAGACCGUCACCUCCGACGAAACCGUCAACUCCGCCAUUCCCAACGAAACCAUCAACCCCGUCUUUUCCACCUUCGCCGGUACCAGCAAAUCCAUCGACGCCGAGUUCAUCACCGGCACCGGCACCGGCGCACGCGAAGCUAGCAGUAUCCAAUGGACGGAAAUUCUUUUCAACAGCAUCAUUACCGCUUACAUCACCGCCACAUUUCUAGCCCUGGUUGCAGGAAUAAUCCUUGGCGUGGGAAGACAGUGGGCAAUCGUGGGAAUAUUCCAUAAUAUUAUGGAAGUUUUCAUCCUGGCCGCAUUAUGUCAUAGGUCAACAGCCAAUUAUGUUAACGGCAUCUUGACCACAGUGUCAGAAGAGCGCCAACCGCUUUUGGUGCCUAUCCGGAACCUAAAGAAGCUAAAGGAUCUAUAUUUCUUGACCUUUGCCGCUUUGGCUCAUCUCAUUGGAAAUAUAUCUAAUGUAGUUGGCAAUGAUUCCGAAUCAUCGGAGAUUGUAUUUCAGAUGUCAUACCUUGUCGCCUUUCCGAUAUACACCAUUUACGUGCGUAACUCGCAAAAAUCCGGCGAACAGUACCAAAGUGCCAGAAUAACUGUUUUAGACUUUAUUUUGUUAUUCUUGUGGAGUGCUACUGCCAGUGCCGUUGUCACUUUGAUUGGAAUAAACAGGCUUAGUUGUAAGUAG